AUGUGUACUACACCACGUCUUGCCAUUAUUGGUGCUGGUCCAGCAGGUCUAAGUACAGCGAGAGUCUUUCUUGCGAAUGCAUCCCAUUUCAAGAUACAGCUGUUCGAGAAGGAUUAUUCCCCUGGUGGGCUCUGGCACUAUCCAGAGCAUGAUAAACGCCAUAGAGUGAUGUACGAUCAGUUAGAGACCAAUAUUAGCAAACACUUGAUGAAAUUUAGUGGAUUUCCAUUCCCGCAACAGGUACCACAUUUCCCCUGGAGGGAAGAUGUAUAUGGAUACUUGAGUAGUUAUUACAAGAGAUUUAUUAAGGACCAACAGAAUGUAGCUCUUCAUUUGAAUACAAGUGUAAUUUCACUUUCAAAAAAUCGUGAUCUUUGGAAAGUUAUCACAAGAAAUAACGUUACAGGAAAAGAGCAAUCUCAAGAAUUCGAUCAUGUCGUUGUAGCAAAUGGCCACUAUGAUAGAAGUUAUAUACCUGAUACUCCGGGACUUCAAGAUUGGUUAGACCAUGGUGCAGCUAUUCAUUCUAGAAAUUUUGUAAAUUGUGGCAUCGGUAAAGGAAAAAACAUCGUCGUUAUUGGAAAUGGUAGCUCAGGUAGUGAUAUUUUGAACCAAGUUUGGACUGUUGCUAAUAAAGUUUAUUUAAGCGCAUCCAGUGUGGAAACUCAUGAAUUGGCGACCGUUGUUCCUAGAAUCAAACAAGUUGACUGGUCUCAACGGUCUGUACAAUUGGUUAACGGUGAAAAAUUGGAAAACAUCGAUCUUUUAAUUUAUUCCACUGGUUAUCUGUUCUCAUAUCCAUUCUUAGAUCCAAAAUUGCGACAAGAUGUGCUAGGAACGACAAACGAUUCUACAGAACGUCUUUACAAUUUGUGGCAACAAAUCUUUUACGUUAAGGAUCCAACAUUGGCAUUUUCUCUUCUACCAGGUUUAAUUAUUCCAUUCCCCUUAGCAGAACUGCAAGCAGCUCUGAUGGUUAAAGUCUUUACCAACAAGUUAAAAGUACCUAGUCUGCCGGAUGAUGAAUUAUACAAGGAACAAUUGUCACAACGCCCUAAAUACCACCAAAUUUCAGAUUUUAAGGAUAUCGAUUACUACAGGGAAUUGCAAUCUUUAUUGAAUGAAGCUGGUGGUCAAAACGAUCCAUUUAAACCUGUGGUUUGGGAUGAUAACUACAAAACUAUGAGGGAGAACGGCCCCCAGGAUAAAUCAAACCGUCAGAAACAGCUGGUACAACAUCUAAAGCAGCUUAAAUCUCAAGAUAAAGAUUAUAGAUUACUUGACCGCAACUCUUAA